UCGGCCUUUCACACACUUCGUUCGUCCCUCCCACCUCAUUCUGCUCUCAAGGUAUCCCACUUCGUUCGUUCCCAGCUCUGCGAGUUCUUUCGUGUUGCGCAUGAGCUGCGAUAAUUCCACCACGCCAGUUCUUUCGUUCGUUCUCGACAUCCAGUUUACUCUUCCCGCUUGACGUGUUAUUACCCGGCCUAGGCCUUUUGAAGGCCCAUCCUCAUUUUCUGUCCUGUAGGAAUUCAUGUUCCGUGAACAUCGUCUCGGCGAUCACUGCGAGUUAAGGUAGAACCACGGAAGUAUCUCAAAGAAGUCCGCAUUCCGCUGUUUAAAGAAGCUUCUCACCCGCAUAGCGCUUUUCCUGAAAGGCACUCCGAGCAGUUUCGUUCUCUCUACGGAAUUCUGAAAUCUGUCGUCGAUUUCAACCAGCCAGGCUUUAGCGCAAAGGACAUCCUUCAAAUCUCCCUGAACCUCCUCUGAAAAAACUCGAAAUUCCAUCACUUCCGGAAUCCGCAACAGCGGCACACUCACAUCUCGAGCCGUUCUGAAGAUGAGCCCCGCACCGGGGCCCGAAAUGAGUCCCACGGGCAGCUCGACAACGGGCAGCUCUUCGGCGGGCAGCUCUUCGGCGGGCAGCCCGUCAAUGAGUCCGACAAUGAGUCCGAAGACGCCACUGAACCCGCCAACGAGCCCCACGAGCGACCUCAUCGGCGGGCGCUACCGCCGCAUUCGCAAGCUGGGCAAGGGGUCGCAGGGCAGCGUGUGGGAGUGCGAGGACGUCACCACUCCCGGCGGCAUGCGCGUGGCGUGCAAGACGUUCCCCCUGUCGCACUCCGCCAUCAUCGACAUCCGCGCGGAGGUGCGCGCGCUCGAGAUGGUGGGGGACCACCCGAACGUCGUGCGGCUCGUGGAUUUCAUCGUCGACGCGGCCGCGGCGGAGGUGCAUGUGAUGAUGGAGCUUGUACCGGGCGGCGAUCUUCUCUCGGAGGUGAUGCAGCGCGGCCCGCUGGCCGAGCCGCUCGCCGCGACGGUGUUCCGCCAGAUCGCGUCGGCUGUGGCGUACUGCCACGCGUCGGGCGUCAUGCAUCGCGACAUCAAGCCGGAUAACGUGCUGCUCGUGCGCCCGCCGGAAGAUGCGCCGGAGAUUGCGGACGCUUCCGCGGGGCAUGCGACGGGAGAUGCUGGGGAGAGCAAGGCUUGUGCGAAGAAGCGACAGCCGCUGGGCGACAUUACGAACCUUCCUCGUGCGACUGCUGCGACGAAGACCAAGCCCGUCGCAACUCCUCCCUCCGCGCCCGAGAAGGCCCAGCGAGCGCCCUACUGGAGCCCGUAUCUUCCGCCUUCAAUCGCGGCGACGCACGUGGGGGCGGGGCGACGAAUCUUGGGAGUGAAGCUGGCGGAUUUCGCGUUGUCGACGGUCGUGAAGGGCGGGCUCAACGGGAAGAAGGCGGACCUCGGCGCGGGCACGCGCCAGUACAUGGCGCCCGAGAUGGACCAAGCGGCUUCCGCCGCCGCCGCCGCCGCUCGAGCCGGCGCUGCCGCUGGUGGGACGGGGGUCGCCCGUUGUGACAGUAACGGGGGCUCGUACGGGUUCAAGGCGGACGUGUGGAGUCUGGGGAUCACGCUGUGCGCGGUUCUAACGGGGCGUCUCCCAGCCGUUGAUUCCGCGACGCUCGCGCUCCACGAAUCGCUGCCGAUCAAUUUUCUUUCGUCCAGCUGGAAAGGCAUCUCCGUCGACGCGAAGAAUCUCGUCCGUCGGAUGCUGCGCGUGAACCCGGAUCAACGGCUGAGCUCGUUCGAGGUGCUGGAGCACGCGUGGCUGAACCAGAAGGCGGUGCGGCGGCUCGACAUCACGGCGCGCUGCCCCUCGCUGCUCUUCUCCGCGUCGCUCCUCCCGCCGCCCUUCCAGCCCGCCGCGUGCCGCCUGGCCGCGAGCGCGGGCGGAAUGAUAGGCGCCGCGGGGGCUUUCGAGAAGGCGCGGGUGGCGUGAUAGGUGCGCGGAGAAUGUUGUUCGCGGGCGGAAUGCUGAGAGCGGGAGAAAUUAUGAGGCGCGAAGACAAGGGGAGGGGGGUGGACGGGACGCGUGGAGCUUGAGUGACGGGAAUGCGUGCGGCGUGACGGGGAGAGUGGAGUGGUCAGAGGACGGGCCGGAGGGGGCGGAACAGAGAUGUCCGCCUAGGCGUAGGGUACUUGGGCGGCGGGUGAAGGUCGAAAGGGGUGGAAUGCACAGGGAGGCAGAAAGAUGGGGAGAGAUGGAGAUGAGGAUCGAAGGGUUUUCACCGUGCAGAAGGUUGUCCGUGUUGCACAUGAAUAAGGGGAGCAGAAAUACUGCCUGUUAUGGAGGUGCACGUGCACAAGUGACGGCAGGCCAGACGCUCAUGGGAAAUAAUGGAAUAACCGUAUCCUUGCUUUUCAUGCGACGCUCGAGGGUCGGCAGGUAAGAUGCAGGGAGAGGGAGGGGGAGAGGGGAAAUGGAGAAGCGUUUGAGCCUUCUCUGAUGAAGGCAGAGGGUGGGUAUUUGGGAAUAGGAUAGCAAUCUGGAUGGGGGCAGCAGUGGUGUGGUGAGUGGCACAUGUCUCGCAGAGGAACGCCUUGUGGCCUUGGAGGGAGUUGACCUGGUGCCUUGCCUCUAGAUAAUCUACUCUUGUUAUCCUUUUUGUGCUUGUUUCUUUCUUCUCUUGUUUCCUGUUUCUUCUUCAGUACAAUAAUGGUUUCGUCCUUUG